AUGUCAGGCUGCCACGGCCCCCACCCCGUGCGCACUCACGUGCCCGCCCGCAGCCCAGGGGCUGCUGUCUCCGCGUUGGCGGCGAGCGCUGCGAGGGAGCCGCCGUGAAACCCGAGCCGGGCCCUGGCUGCCGCGUGGUCCGGGUCUGCGUGUGGGUUGCUUGUUUGUUUGCGUUUGCCGUUUCCGGCCUGUUUGUGUCAUGGAGCACGGCUGAAAUCCUCUGUUUUCUGGGCGAGUCUUCCCUGGGGUGGGUAGGUCAGAGAGACGGGGCUGAAGUGAUCACCCCUCCCCCCACUUUUUCUCUUCUUACCUUCUUCUUGCUUCCUAAAUACCCAGCCUGCCUACUGCAAAGCGUGGGGGCAAAAGCUUUCAAGCAGCUUCUGUGGGGAGGAAGGCUCCAUUAGUGCGCACUUUUAGAGCUGCCCAGCUGUUUUCCACCCCCCUCCCCCCGCCCCCGACGAGGAAGCUGGAUACUUCCUGCAAAUCCAGAUUACACCCAUGGAAGUAAAGACACCUCAUUUCCUUUUCAGGUAACUGACCGGCUUCCCUGGUUUUUGAUGCUGAAGCAGGAUUGUUUUAACUAAAGAUGGAAACACUGGAGUCAGAAUUGACCUGCCCAAUCUGCCUGGAGUUAUUUGAAGACCCUCUCUUGCUGCCCUGUGCUCAUAGCCUGUGCUUCAGCUGUGCCCAUCGCAUCCUGGUGUCCAGCUGCUCAUCUAGCGAGUCAAUAGAGCCUAUCACAGCAUUCCAGUGCCCCACCUGUAGGUAUGUCAUCUCCCUUAACCACCGUGGCCUAGAGGGUCUCAAGCGGAAUGUGACACUGCAGAAUAUUAUUGACCGCUUCCAAAAGGCAUCUCUGAGUGGCCCCAACUCCCCCAGUGAGAGUCGCAGAGAGAGAACUUACCGCAACAGCCCUACCAUGUCUAGUGAAAGAAUAGCAUGUCAGUUUUGUGAGCAGGAUCCACCAAGGGACGCAGUGAAGACCUGCAUAACAUGUGAGGUGUCCUACUGUGACCGCUGCCUCCGGGCUACGCAUCCCAACAAGAAGCCUUUCACCAGCCACCGUCUGGUGGAGCCUGUGCCAGACACGCAUUUCCGAGGACUCACUUGCUUUGAGCAUGAGAAUGAGAAAGUAAACAUGUACUGUGUUGCUGAUGACCAGCUGAUCUGUGCCUUAUGCAAACUGGUGGGCCGCCACAGGGAUCACCAGGUGGCAUCCCUAAGUGAUAGAUUUGAGAAGCUCAAGCAAACCCUGGAGACGAAUCUUGCUAACUUGGUUAAGCGCAAUAGUGAACUAGAAAACCAGAUGGCCAAGCUGAUACAGAUCUGCCAGCAGGUGGAGGUGAAUACAGCCAUGCAUGAGGCCAAGCUGAUGGAGGAAUGUGAUGAGCUCAUGGAGAUCAUCCGGCAGCGUAAACAAGUGAUUGCUGUCAAGAUCAAAGAGACUAAGGUUAUGAAGCUGAGGAAGUUGGCCCAGCAGGUAGCUAACUGCCGGCAGUGUCUGGAGCGCUCAACAGUCCUCAUAAAUCAAGCAGAACAUAUCCUGAAAGAGAACGACCACGCACGAUUCUUGCAGACCGCCAAAAAUGUGGCCGAAAGGGUCGCCAUGGCAACUGCAUCCUCUCAAGUUCUGAUACCAGAUAUCAAUUUUAAUGAUGCCUUUGAAAACUUUGCUUUAGAUUUUUCUAGAGAAAAGAAACUAUUAGAAGGUCUGGAUUAUCUAACAGCACCCAACCCACCAUCAGUUCGAGAGGAGCUUUGUACUGCCUCCCAUGACACUAUUACUGUCCACUGGAUCUCAGAAGAUGAGUUCAGUGUCAGCUCCUAUGAGCUCCAGUACACCAUCUUCACUGGCCAGGCCAACUUCAUAAGCCUGUACAACUCCAUGGAUAGCUGGAUGAUUGUCCCCAACAUCAAACAGAACCACUACACAGUGCACGGGCUUCAGAGUGGCACCCGAUACAUCUUCCUUGUCAAGGCCAUAAACCAAGCUGGCAGCCGGAACAGUGAACCCGCCAGGCUCAAGACAAACAGUCAGCCCUUCAAGCUGGACCCCAAGAUGACUCACAAAAAGCUGAAAAUCUCCAACGAUGGGCUGCAAAUGGAGAAAGAUGAGAGCUCCUUGAAAAAGAGCCACACGCCUGAGAGGUUCAGUGGUACUGGAUGCUAUGGUGCAGUGGGCAACGUAUUCAUCGACAGUGGGUGCCACUACUGGGAGGUGGUGGUGGGCUCCUCAACCUGGUAUGCUAUUGGUGUAGCGUAUAAGUCUGCCCCAAAGAAUGAGUGGAUUGGCAAGAACUCCUCCUCCUGGGUCUUCUCUCGUUGCAACAACAACUUUGUGGUGAGACACAACAACAAAGAAAUGCUGGUGGAGGUCCACCCUCAGAUGAAGCGCCUUGGCGUCCUCCUGGAUUAUGACAACAAUGCCCUGUCCUUCUAUGACCCGGCAAAUUCUCUCCAUCUGCAUACAUUUGAAGUUUCUUUCAUCCUCCCAGUCUGUCCAACAUUUACCAUCUGGAACAAAUCUUUGAUGAUCCUCUCAGGCCUGCCUGCCCCAGACUUCAUAGAUUACCCAGAGCAGCAGGAGUGUAAUUGCAGGCCCCAGGAGUCCCCGUAUGUAUCAGGGAUGAAAGCUUGUCACUAAGCUGCAGCCCGCACCUCCUGUUCUCCACAGUCCUGCGUGGAGAUUGUUAACGGGAGCUAGUAGUGAGCAGCCAGCCCUUGGGAGCUUCCGAACAGCCUAGAUCAGGAAGCACUUUCUGCAGCCAGCUAUAUAGUGCUCAGCAAGCAAAUACUCUCUCACAUGAAGCUAAUUUUUUAAGGGGGGUGUGGGGAAGAAACUUUAAAAAGCUGUUAAAUAAACUUUGUUGACAAGCUCCAUUUCUUUGUGAAUGAAGCUUGUGAAACUCCCUUGUGGUGUGAUUGAAUUUCUCAAACCAGAUUGUCAUGUGGAUUGUUUUGGUUUUAUUUGGGGGUUAAGGACAGUGGUGGGGGAGGCUUAGUGCAACCUCCUUAGCCACUUGGAUGGGCACAAUGCUGGUUCCGUGGUCCCCUCAAGAGAUAUUGGUGGAGUGGAUGUAUCCAAAGGAGAGUGGCAAGAAAACAGCUCUCUCCAGCUAUGGGCUUGUAGAAGAGCAGAAUCAGCAAGGCGGCCUCCUAGCCUUGCAAGAAAUGCUAAGCAGGCCUGCAAAAUCACCAGUCAGGCAGGAAGCUCCAUUUAGCAGCAUCUUCAGAACAAAA